UUGAGUGUUACAGGAGUCGGUGCCUAUGUAAGGAUAGUGAAGGAAGCGAGGAACUAACGGGCUUGGAAUAUUUAGCGGAACAAAUAGAAUCAAAAAUAGAGAAAAUAUACAUCAGUUACGAUGUCCGGUGCCGCGGUGCGCCAGCAAACGUACGUCAGGAGCCGCGGCGACACCAAGGGCUGACGGCUGACGACACCACGUGCAGGAGCCACGGGCGGCCGGCAUGGCACGCUUGCUUUGACGGAUGCACUUGCUCUGCUCUUCGCACCUCCAGCUUGACUCUGUGGAUAGCAAGCAUGAGAUUCCGACGCAAGCACAAGAAGAUGAGCGUGGGCGUGCGGGUGGAGGUGGUGCUGCUUGACGAGCGCCGCCUGCAGGUGGGCGUCGGCCCGCGUCUCCUCACCCAAGAGCUGCUCGCCAUGGUCGCUUCGCACUUCACGCUCAAGGAGCAUCAGUACUUCUCGCUCGCCGUGAUUGAUAACACGGGUCACUAUCAGUGGCUGACACACGACCGUCGAGUUGUGGACCACGAUGUCGUGCGCGCCCUCAACGGGGCCCCCGUCACCAUGUACUUCCUCGUCAAGUUUUACAUUGAGUCGGUAUUGCAGCUUCAGAGCCCGCAGACGGUGGAACUCUUUUACCAGCAGGCCAAGAAUCUAGUCUUUAAGGUAAGGAGUCUUUGUUUCGCCGGGUGACCUGUCUGAAGGGAGUAAGUACUUUAAAGUAAAAGAGGAUUAGGAAAGUUGGUGAACGAAAAGGAGAAACAGUAAAGCGGAAUGAGACGAAAGGCAGUGGAUAGAUGAAUAGAUAGAUAUGGAAAUGAAUAUGGCUAAAGAGGAAGAGGGAGAG